CCAGUAGUACUGGUAGCAUUUACUGUGGAACCACUAAUGGAGCUGGUAGAGCUAAUGUGAAGACCUUCAAACUCAUUUUGUCCAUUUUUUGUCUCGUUAUCCUCCUCUUCAUAUCAGGAGAUGUGGAGCUUAACCCUGGCCCCACUCUUACAGAUAAGCCAAAAAGAGAUGAAUUAUUUGAAUUAUUGAGUAGCUCAAAGUUUAUUGCUGGUACUUGGGAACAGUUUGUAUGUUGUCUACCUAAAAUGACACAAGAUAUGAUUGCUGGAAUCAAAGAGAGAGUGUCGAAAGAAGAGAACAUCAUGAGUGCCAUAGCUCAACAUUGUUUUGAUAAUAAUCCUGAUAUAACAUGGAGAAAUCUCAUUGAUGCUUUGCUGGAUGCUAAUGAGGUUACUGUAGCUCGUAAUGUUUUAGACAAGCACUCAGGUACAAGUAGUUCUAGUAAAAAUGUCUACAAAACAGUAAUGAAAGUCCUAAGAUCUCAUUAUUCAAAAUUGACAGCAAGUACUCAAACUUGCCUUACAAAAGUAGCCGAUGAGUUGUACAGUAAAAAUUUGAUCAAUCGUGAAGUUAAGCAUUCACCAACUUUUGAAAAAAUUGAAAUAGACUUCUCAGCAAUGGUUUCUAUAUACACAGAAGACACAGAAAAGAUGAUAGAAGUGUGUUCUCUUUUCUUAGAUUGUCUGUCAAUUGCAGAAGGUCCAGCUAAAGAGGAGGCCAUUGCACUAGCUAGAGACUGGGAGAAUGAAUUAUUCAGAGACCAUCAAGUAUCGUUCUUUCUUACUAAGGCAGCCACAGCCUUUACUCCUAAAGAAGUAGAACUUGGCUUUAAUGAUAAACUAGCAAUUGAACUUAGAAACCUACACAAGAAAUAUGCAAAACUGAUGACUGAUAUUACUACAUAUUAUGCUUCCAGUGGAAAACGUGAUCCAAUUGUUUUUGCUCGAUGGGUUCAAAACACUUUUGAUGAAACUGGUUUAGCACAAGAUGGCGUGACGAUUGAUAAAAUAUUUGAGCAAAUGCAAUCUCAUUGCAGUUUUAUUGAUAUUGAUGCAGUAAUUGGUCUAAUAGAAGCAUAUCCUAUUGAUGAUGAUUCACUACAGGCAAGGCUUGAUAAAUAUACUGAUAACAUUAAUAAAUUUAUCGAUUCAACAGAACUCGAUGACAUUGUUAAAACUAUUGAAGCAGCGAUUAUUGGAGAAACUAUUAAAGUUGAUCCUAAAAUUAUUCUCAAACUUUCUGGAAAAUGGAACCAUCAAACUAUUGGCCAUGUUCAUAAGCUAAUGAAGUAUUUAUUUGAUGAAGAAGCAAAAUAUAUUACUGUAAAGAAGUUUUUACGAGGAUCAAUUUGUAUCCAAUUUUUGGUCUUUUCAAAACGAUCAGUUCCAACUCUCAUUGUGAAAUCACAAGCUAAAUUUGCCUUCAUGCAUCUUCUUGGUAUAUUUCAACUGAUCAUUGCUAAUCAAAUUAUCAUUGACAGAGAGGAAGAUAGUAGCUUCACAUUUGAAGAAUCACUUCUACAGUCCAUUGCAAGUAUUAAAAGUAAUCCUGAAUAUCACAGACUAUCAUUACUUUUGAUAGAACUUAAAAUGAAAAUAAAUUAUCAGAACACUAAUGGCCAGACUGCAUUAAUGUUAGCUAGUGUAGAUGGGCACAUUGAAAUCUUUCAAUCAUUACUACAAAAUGGUGCUGAUCCUUUUGUAAAAUUACCAGAAAAUAGAGAAUUUAUUGGAUUAAACAGUUUAGCAUGCACUGCCCUUUCUCAGCAUAUUUACAAAUCCAUUGGUGGAGAAAAAAUAAUACCUAAAGAUGACACUUCAGUUGAAGAUAUUCUGGAAAUGGCUGUUAACAAAAGAGAAGUGAGUAGUUAUCAAUCAUUUAAAUACGUUAUUGAAAAUAAUUUGAAAAAAAGGUUUCAAUGUUUGCAAAAUUGUUUUCAUGCAUUAAACAGUCAUUUUCUUGAUGCUACCACCAAAAUUUUGACUAGCAAAGCCUGGGUAACAGAACUAAAACAAAGCUUUCAGUCAUACAUCAAAGAAGAUGCUGCUUGUGAAAAUACUCAUCAGCUAGUGCAGUUGCUCCAGCCUCACUACUCAUGUUUGAACAUCGCCCUACUCACAGUACCAUGCACCAUCACAGAAUCUAUCAAGGAACAGGUAGAAGAUUACAAUACUAACCUGAACAUGUUCAAAGAUACCACUAGCCUACUGGAGCUUACAAUGAUGACUAAAGGAAUGCUAUGCGGCUCUAAUGAUUUUGGCUGUUCAAAAUUUAUUUCGAGACUCAAGAAGUCAUGGUGCUCCAAGACAAUCACUGAAUUGGAUAUAAUGGGAAAUUUUUAUUUAUCAUCUUUUCUAACUCUGCAAGAAAUACAUUGUGAUGCCUCCAGCAUGACAUGUACAUACUUAAUACCUCAACUACAAACUGAGAAAUUAAUGAAAGCAGUUAUUGAACAGGAAGGGUCUCUAAACAAGAUUGGUGUAUUUGAGGUCAUUAUUAAUGACAUUCCUCUCACAAUAAAGGAUACAGAUAAUUUAUCUUUAAUUGAGGCCAUGAUGCAAAAAUCAAUGUCAUAUAAUAGCACUGCCCUUUUGUUUGCUUGUGAAAGAGGAGAUUUCUCAACUGUUCAAUUAUUACUGAGUAGAAAUUUAGAUGAUGGAUCGACUGGUUUGAUGAUGCUUGUUACAUACAUAGCUGCUUUGAUGGCUGCAAGUCGCUAUGGACAUCACCAAAUUGUUGAACUCUUGCUGAAUAAAGUUCCAGAUAUUGAUAUUCAAGAUGAUAAUGGACGGACUGCUUUGAUAAGGGCUAGUUGUCAUGGUCAUCAUCAAGUUGUUGAGCUCAUACUAAAUGAAGCUCCAGACAUUGAUAUUCAAGAUAAUAAUGGAUGGACUGCUUUGAUGCUUGCUAGCCAUAAUGGUCAUCACCAGGUUGUAGAGCUCAUACUGAAUAAAAUUUCAAAUAUUAACAUUCAAAAUAGAGAUGGAUGGACUGCUUUGAUGUCUGCUAUUUACAAAGGUCAUAACCAGGUUGUCAAACUCUUACUGAGUAAAAAUCCAAAUACUAACAUUCAAGAUAAUGAUGGAUGGACUGCUUUGAUGUUUGCUAGUCGCUAUGAUCAUCACCAGGUUGUUGAACUCUUACUGAAUAAAGAUCCAGAUAUUAACAUUCAAGAUAAUGAUGGAUGGACUGCUUUGAAGUUUGCUAGUUGCUAUGGUCAUCACCAGGUUGUUGAACUCUUACUGAGUAAAAAUCCAGAUAUUAACAUUCAAGAUAACGAUGGAUGUACUGCUUUGAUAUCUGCUAGUUGCAAUGGUUAUCACCAGGUUGUUGAACUCUUACUGAAUAAAGAUCCAGAUAUUAACAUUCAAGAUAAUGAUGGAUGGACUGCUUUGAUGUUUGCUAGUCACUAUGAUCAUCACCAGGUUGUUGAACUCUUACUGAAUAAAGGUCCAGAUAUUAACUUUCAAAAUAAUAAUGGAUCGACUGCUUUGAUGCUUGCUAGUUACAAUGGUCAUCACCAGGUUGUUAAACUCUUACUGAGUAAAAAUCCAGAUAUUAACAUUCAAAAUAACGAUGGAUGUACUGCUUUGAUAUCUGCUAGUCGCAAUGGUUACCACCAGGUUGUUGAACUCUUACUGAGUAAAGAUGCAGAUAUUAACAUUCAAGAUAAUAAUGGUGACAGUGCAUUAACUAUUACCAUGGUUUUCUCUCAUUUUAUUAUUACUGAAGUUUUUGACAUAACUCCUGACAGACGUAUUCAACUUCUCCACCAGUUGCACACUGGUGAUUAUAUCAAAACAUUACAACUUUUACUUAACUGUCAUCAUAUUAAUCAUACUGAUGGUAAGAAUUGUCAUUCAUUAGCAGUAGCAGCAAAAUUCAAUAAUUUUGAUGCAGUUACUAUCUUAAUUGAAAAAUGUAGCAUCACACCAGAACACAUCAUCAGUGCUUUCACUGCUGCAUGUUAUGAAGGUCAUUUUUCAAUGAUAAUUCACCUAUCUGAGAAAAUAACAACUCUUUCAAAUAAUGAGAGAAAAUUAUUAGUAGCAGCUGCUGAAGGAAAUUUAGGAAUAUUGAUUGAUAUGCUUUGUUUCAUUGGUAUGAGUCCAAAUACACCAUUGGUAGCUGGUAUAACUUCGUUAAUGAUAGCAGCUUCAUGUGGACACAUUGAAUUAGUUGAAGCACUAAUACAAGUUGGAGCCGAUGUUAAUAAAAAAAAUGAUGAAGGCCUAAAUGCACUUGAUAUAGUGAAUGAUAUUUCUUUUUAUGAUCGAGCUAAUAUUAAACAGCUUUUAAUUCCUAAUACUCCAGCUGGUAAACUGGAUCAAGUAUCAAACAAUGCCAAGUCAAAUAAUGAAAAAACCAGUAUUGGUGAUACAAUCAAGUCAAAUUUUGGCAAAUAUAUAAAGGAGUUUUACGAUCCAUACUAUGCAAAGCAGAAAGAAUUGAAAAUGGUGCCUUCUGAAGCAAUUGAUCAAUAUAAAAAAAGCAGCACUUACUUUUUGACUAGUAUCUACAAUACAGUUUGUGCUUUAAUUAAAUGAUUGCUUGUAGUCAUUAUAAUUAUUAUUUAUAGUUAUUGGAGUGUAUUAAUUACAUGUACAUGGUAUGUCUAGUGAUUUUUGUGGCAUAGCCUAUAAUUAUAUUAGCAUUACUUAAUCAAGUAUU